AUGGAGAUAUUAAGAGAAAUCGGAGUUGUUUUGCUUGUUGCUGUGUUGUUUAGCCCAUUUUUGGUUGUUGAGUUGCAUGGUUUGAUAGAUAAAGCAAAUGGUGUUGCACAGUUUAACACUAAUACUACAAGCCCUUUGCUUUCACAUGAAAGCAGCGAUAUUGUUAAAGAUAUACAAGGAAGAAAAACAAACUCGACUAAGGAAGUUCUAUAUAGUGGCAAAAGUAAUAUGAAUAAUGGUGGCAAAGGAGGAGGAGGGGGAGGUGGUGGCGGCAGUGGGGGAGGUGGAGGUGGGGGUGGUGGUGGUGGUGGGGGUAGUGGAGGCGGAGGAGGUGGUGGUGGAAGUGGCAGUGGUAAUGGAAAAGGGAAAACAGAAGCACAUAAAAGAAAGGGAGGAAAAAGGAGUGGCGGGGGUGGUGGUGGUGGAGGUGGAGGUGGGGGUGGCGGCGGCAAUGGGGGUGGGGGAGGUGGUGGAGGAAAUGGUAAUGGCCAUGGUUGGGGUGGAGGAAGUGGGGGUGGGGGACAUAGUGAUAGUGGGAGGUUGGCAGCUUUAUCCAAUGAAUGCCCAUGUGACUGGCCUAUGGAAUAUCCCGUGAUGGGUUUUAUUGUUUAUCCACUGUGGGAUUCAAACGAAUUAUUUUUCUUUUCUUUUUCUAAUAAUUAA